CUUUACAACGUCGUGUUCAUUCCUUAGAAGUUUUCUUGAGAGAAUAUGUAGUAGACAUUAAAUACUUGAAAGAAUUGAAAGAAGAUGGUGUAACGAGGGAAGUUGAGGGAAACGAUAUGCUUCCUAUCAAC